CCCUCGACUUCCAGUUGGUCUCGCUCGAAUCAUGUUGAACUUUUAUAUUCACGGCUUCCCUACAACAUUCUUCAAAGCUUAUUACUCAGACGUCAUCUUUUGCAACUGUCAUCAACUGUUCCGGCGCCCGACUAUCUAUGAUCAACGCGCGUCUCUGUUGCGUUCUGCUUGCUCACGGGCGUAUAGGACGCUAUGGCGAGGGUGCACGUAGAUGGGCACGAGAACUGACAGGGACUUACCCUAUGGGUGAGUGCCUCAUCUGUCUGUUUUGCACGGUCUUUUCGACGCAUAUGGCCUCACCCCCGGUUCUCGGUGGUGAUACCAGCUCGCCUGCCAACCACUGCUUGGUCUCGUUCAAGCGUGUACCAUCAUUCACCGACUUCACCUGCAUAGAGAGCUCUAGAUUUAUUUUGCAGGUGCUAUCAUUGCGUCGUACACAUGUCAUGCUAACACAUGCAUGUGUUACCUGAAUAUAUCAAUUAUAUGCAUUAUUCUGUCCUUCAGCCUCAUUAUCAUGGGAACAGCAC